ACCGCUGCUGGCUGCUGGUGAUCGGUGACACAUCGCCUCCCUCGCCUCUCUACUCGUUGCUCUCGCCAUUGUGUGGAGGAGGUCUCCGCGUGUCUCUGGUCCGCGAUCAGAGACGGGAGUGUAGGGAACAACUGGAAGCAGCAGCGUCGUCGAUGUCCGUCCGCACCGCCUCGUCUGAACCCUUUCACCAACACCCAUGCAGGAUUUGAAAACCCUCAGACCGAACUACAUGUGAUCCAUGUGGGGCCCGGGCGUGAAGAGGAAACUGGAGCAGGACCAGGAUGGUGAGGAGGAGGACGGGGGAGGGGAGCGGCCGCCCCCCCCAAGGGUGCCUGGCUUCUCCUCACGGGCUUCCUAUGCGCUGCAACGGCAGAUGGUGCUCAACAUCUCCCUGGUGAAGCUAUACCGCCCGCCGGCGGGCCGGGCCGACCCGGGCCUGCAGCGCCGCAUCCUCAUCAGCAACGUCAUCCGCCGUAUCCACGAUGAUCUGCGGCGCGAGGGGGGCGUCCGGGCGCUCUUCCUGGCCACGCCGCCACCGGGCGUCGCCGAGCUCGACGAGGAGAAAGACGGGUGCUACCUUGGACCGCCUCCUCCUCCCCCCGCCUCGCAAGCCUCCUCCUUUGGGCCCACAGGGCCGGAGACCUGCUUGACGCCCGCCUCGCUCCUGGAGGAGGACCCGCCCCCUUUCUUCACCCUGCCGCCCUCUCCGUCCUUCUCUUCCCCCUCCUCCCCUCACCCGCUCCCCCCCCAGUCCCCCCCCCAGCACCUCCACCCGUCCCAGCCGGUGGACUUCUCCUCUGCUCCGCCCUCGCUGCCGCCUGAAGACAGCUUCUCCUCAGCCCUGGAGGAGAUCGAGGAGCUGGACUCCUCCUCUUCCUCCUCAGACUCUAGUGCCCCUCCUCCCCUCGUUCCCCUGCCCACCUCCAGCCCCCCUGGGGAACCGCUGGCAGGGGCCCCGGGCCCCGGAUGGGACAGGGACAUGGAGGUGGAGGCGGAAAGACGGGAGGAGAUGGAGGAGGAGGAGCAAGAGGAGGAGGAGGAGGAGGAGGAAAGGGAACUGAUGGAAUACCGCCCAACCUCCCCACCCCGCUCCACCGCCCUCGCCCGGCGCCCGGUGGUCCCGUCGGGGGGCUUCCUGACAGACUUCGCCAUGGACGAUGUGCUCUUCACGGACAUCGACACCUCCAUGUACGACCUGGGGCCCUGUGGCCCCCAGGCUGCCGGGGCAGGCCCCGGGGCUGGCGCGGGGCCGACCAAGGUGGCGGCCGACGACAUGUUGGUAAGAGCCAUCUCGGGCUACGGUGGCGGGGCCGGGGGCCACCAGGGCCAGCCCUUCAGGAUGGACCUUGCCGAGCUGGACCACAUCAUGGAGGUCCUGGUGGGCUCCUGAGGGCCCGAGCUGGAUCACAUCAUGGAGGUCCUGGUGGGCUCAUGAGGGCCAGAGCUGGACCACAUCGUUGAGGGUCUGAGCUGGACCACGUCAUGGAGGGUCUGAGCUGGACUACGUCAUGGAGGGGCCGGUGGGUUCCUGAGGGCCUGGGGUUUUCUUGAGGGCCUUUGGGUGCCUGAGGGCCAUUGUACUCUUGAGGGCCGGUUGGUUCCUGAGGGCUCGCUGGUCUCCAUAGGGCCGGUGGGUUCCUGAGGGCCCGUUGGUCUCCUUAGGGCCUGCUGGUCUCCAGAAGGCCGGUUGGUUCCGGAGGGCCUGCUGGUCUCCAGAGGGCCGGUUGGUUCCAGAGGGCCCCCUGGUCUCCAGAGGAGUGGUGGGUUACUGAGGGCCGGUGGGUUCCUGAGGGCCUGGUGGGCCCCUGAAGGCAUGGUGGGUUCCCUGAAGGCCAGUGGGUUCCUGAGGGCCGGUGGGUUCCUGAGGGCCUGGUGGGUUCCUGAGGGCCGGUGGGUUCCUGAGGGCCAGUGGGUUCAUGGGGGCCGGUGGGCUCCUGAGAGCCAGUGGGUUCCUGAGGGCCGGUGGUCUUCUGAGGGCCGGUGGGUUCAUCGGGGCCGUCGGGCUCCUGAGAGCCGGUGGGUUCCUGAGGGCCGGUGGUCUCCUGGGAGCUGGUGGUUUCAUGGGGGCCUGGAGGGUUCCUGAGAGGCCCCUGUCGGCCCGGUGGGUUCUUGAAGAAAAGCGCUGAAGGUGUUCUCAAUGUUGGGAAGAUGUUUUUUUUUACAACCUGAAUGAGUUGAGAGAUUGUGUUGCACACUAAUAGAUUAUAUUAGAAUCCAUCUUACUGGGAGUCUGUCAACAUGCGUUUAUCUACUGGAAAUGUAUGCUAAACAAGCCACACAGAAACUUAUCUGAGUCAACAGGUAGAGCUUGUGAGGGAGGUGCAGUCUAAAGCAACAACAGAGCACUGAGUGACUCAUCUACAUCACUUUUGAAAUGUUGUCUCCUAGUUUGACCACAAAGGCUAUCAUCAUGACAGCAUCAAGAUGAGACCGUGGUCUGUUUUCGUCCACUAGAUAGCGGCAAACUGACAUGAGUGCUGGUGUAGUCUAGAGUUCCUCCUUGGGGGGGAAAACUCUGUUUUUCAAUAUUUCACGAGCAGCUUAAUCGACACAAGCAAAUGAAACCAUCAACAUGCUAAUGUAGCUCUAGCAGACCCAAGUAUUUCAAACAUGUCAGUUGCCUCUCUUCUCAUACUUUCUUUAUAAGCUUUAUGACAUGCAAAGUCUUAGGAGAUAGUCAAGCCUUUUAAGUGAAGUUGCUCGAGACUAGUGUCCUGUUGCUAGUACAAUGCCAGCUUUUACAACUUUUGACUUUUCAAAGCUUUUUACACCACUGGAAAUAGAUUACUGUGUAAUUUGUGUGUUCUUAACAAUGCAUAACACUCGGUUAAUACCCAGGUUAUAGAAUGGAAUAAGGCCAUAUAAAUGUUGGUCAUUCUUUUCUGUGGCUAUUUCAGAAUUAUAUGAUAACAACCUUUUGUACAGACUGCUUGCAUAAAGAGGGAUUGUCAAGAGGAUUUCUAAUGAAAAGAGUGCCUUUAUUGGAGGUAUUGCCAGUCUUUACCAAAUGUUUAUUUUGCCAAUGUUCUUUAGCGACAAUAAAAAAAAAUGAAGAGUUAUAUCCUAUAAACUAUUAUAUUAUCGUAUUAUUAUAUUUGAUAUGUUGUUUCUUUGGUACAAAAAGUUAGUCAAAAUGUUUCUUUUUAAUAUAUAUAUUUGAAAUGUGUUAAUGUAGCCGCUCCUUGUGUAUGUUGUUAAACUAUUGAUACUAGUUGCAUUUUGUCUAAAAAUGGACCAUCAUUUGUUUUAGUUUUUCAAAGUCUGAAAUGGAGGAUGCCCUGUUUCACAAAUACUUACAAAAGUUUGGAGAUUUACCAACUAAUGGAGGAGUUGUAUUUCAUGGUGAAAUAAAUUGCUUCAAGUUUGAUUGAUUAGUAAAUGAAUAUACUCGUUAAAGGCCUAAUACGGGAAACAAAUCUCUCUGAAUCAUUGCCUUGCUAAACUGGACGAACAUAAUAUCUGACACCUUGAUCCUGCUACCAAACUGCUAGUAAGGCUGUUUUAUCAGAACUGUUGAGGGCUGAAAAGGUUAGGUUUAGUGUAAAUAUAUAUAUAUAUUUAUAUUUAUAUAUUAUGCUGCCCUGGCUCCACCAAGCAACACAACACCAGUCUACAGUCCUACACACAGCUUUUGAUUCAUAAACAUAAGCGCCUUUCUAAGUUAAAUAGUGGAUGUUAAUAAUUCCAGUGGCAUGGAUGUCAAUCAGUGGUGAGCUGGGUGAGCAUCCUCUCUGAAUCCUCUUUAGGAGUGUGUCUUGGAUUAUUGAUCAAUCUGGGAGGGAUCAGGUCUGCUUUACAGGGAACAUUUAGAUCAAUGCAUACAUUUUGACAAAUCGCAUUGAAUGGAUAACUUUUCACCAAGUUCUCGUAGUGCUCCGAGGGACUGGGACCACAUCGCGUCCAGGACCUGGGGUACUGGGACCACAUCAUGUCCAGGACCCGGGGGGACCACAUCAUGUCCAGGACCCUGGCGACCACAUCAUGAGAUGUGACUCAUCUCUGGUCUCCUUCAUGAAGAUAAACCCAACUAUUAGUUCAGAAAGUUGGAUUAAACAAUGUUUUUCCAUGAUAAACCAAGUAAAAAGAGUAAACGGGGUGAAUAUAUGUUCUUCAGCGAGGCCAGCCUUGCUACCGGUGCAUAUAGGUGAUGAUCACACCAGCAGCCUAUAUACUGAUGGGCCUAUAUAGGCCCAUCACACAGAGCUAAAUCCUCUAUACCUGCUGCUGUCUAACCAGUAGGCCCAUCACACAGAGCUAAAUCCUAUAUACCUGCUGCUUCCAAACCAGUAGGCCCAGCACACAACGUCCAGCAGCCAGGCUUCACUUUACCUUUGGUACGGUAAUGCUAUGAAUGAAACAAACAGGAAUGUAAUGUUCAUUCCAAACGGUCAUGAGGCAUUCUGUAAAACCACCUGGUAUCUGACGGUUUACAAUCUGCCUUCAUACCAGCGAUGUCCAGUAGGGGCGAUCAGAGGUGUAGCCAUCAGGAUGCUCGGAUCGCUUUACGCCUCUGAUGUAGCAGUGUAUGAUGCAGCAGGCUCAAAUGGGUUUUGUUCAUUAGUCAUCUUCAUAGCAGCUUCACAUAUGUGAUCAGAAGGAGGCGCUUGACUCGUUGACACCUUAAGCAUGAUAGAGCUGUUUCUCCAAUUGUAAAUUUGAGACACAACAGAAGAAACCAAUCUUUCUCUUAAAUUACUUUAAUUUCUUGUGUACACUAAAUGUAAAGUUGACACACGUAAAGUCUCGAAGAAGCCGGGCAUGCACGCUGACCUUUGACAGGCUCUUCAAGUCAGAGGAUGUUUCCAUAGGAAAUUCCCCAUACAUUUACAGUUCAUAGUUUUAACUGUACAGUCUAAAGCCACAGUGGACUAUGAUUACAUCCAUUUCAUCUUUACAAUGUGCAAAAUCCUCCUGGAGAGACGGGGUGACAGUGGUACGACAAAAAUAAAACUAAAUAUUAAGAUCAAACAAUAAGCUGCAAACAAAGCAAAUGAAAGAAACAAACAUAAAUGCACUUCAUCUUGGACAGUGAUACUAACUGAAGCAAAACCAUUGGUCCCUUAAUUCCCUUGCAGGUCGACAGCUCUCAGAGAGGUGUUGAUAGUUUCAGUGGAUUUUACCAAAACAUUAUUCUGCUUCAUCAACCGCCAGCACCAAACCACAAACACCCAGACAAAAAACAUUAAGAUAAAACAAUAAUCACAGGAAGAGUGUUCCUCUCUGCUUGUUCUCAGAAGCAGCCUCCCAUGCAGGCCUCCUCUUCAUGAGGCAGACGAGGGGAAGGUGACGGACAAAAGGGACAGUCCUAGUCUUACUAGUAGUGUACUAGGAGCCCUGGGUCAACAUAAUCAAACACUUAAAGGUGACAUAUAAUACCAAUAGGUGUGAGCGUGAUUAGGCAUUACAAGCCGUUUUGAAAAUCUGCGUCUUCUGACAUCACUACCUGCGUUUCCACCUAGAUAUGUGCUGGAUAAAUCAGUCUGCCUGCCUACCCAGUGGACUGUAGCAAACAUUGCUCAUCUAUCCAGCACACAUCAAGUUGGACACGCCCACUUGUGGUGUCAGAAAAUGCCAAUUUUCAAAAUGGCUUGUAACUGCUAAUCACACUCACACCUGGUGGUAUAAUAUGUCCCCUUUAAACACAAAGGAAACUUAAAAGAUCAUAAACACAACAGGCAAAUACAUUGGACUGGAUUUCGCAGGCAGUGUGGUUUCAAGUUUAUACAAUAUAUAUAUUUAUGUAUAGAUAUUAAAUAUGCAUUUUAUUUAUACUAUACAUUUACUUACUUUGAUUUAACCUUUGCAGGUAUAAUGCCAGCUCGAGAUUCCUUCAAAAAGACACUGAUGCACUUCCACUAGACAGCAACAUAGGAAAUCAAACCUCAAAUAAUGAUCUAAAGGAUAAAAACUAACUCCAAAGGGAACUGGGGCUCCGGGAUGUACUAUGUACAUGAGUGAUUACGUCCCUAUC